GGGUGUUUCCGUCCUUAGCCGCGGCCGCUCCCUCCCGGCUUGAAACCUCGCUGUUGCCGGUGAGUUAGAGGCUUUGAAGCUAGAGCAGCGCGGCGGGUGGGGCGCUGGGACUCUCUGCGAAAGUGCCGGUUACCGAGUCUACUCUACACCGUGAAGAGCAGGAGCCGCGGCGGCGGCAGCUUUCCCCCAGCCUUUGGCUAGACUCAGGUCCCUAACUAUAAACCACCAUGGCUCAAAGAGAUGCAGACAAAUACCUCUAUGUGGAUAAAAACUUCAUCAACAACCCCCUGGCUCAGGCUGACUGGGCAGCCAAGAAGCUGGUGUGGGUUCCGUCGGAGAAAAAUGGUUUUGAGCCAGCUAGCUUGAAAGAGGAAGUGGGCGAUGAAGCCAUUGUAGAACUUGCAGAGAAUGGGAAGAAAGUGAGAGUAAACAAAGAUGAUAUCCAAAAGAUGAACCCACCCAAGUUCUCUAAAGUGGAAGACAUGGCAGAACUGACCUGCCUAAAUGAGGCCUCUGUGUUGCACAAUCUGAAGGAAAGAUACUAUUCAGGGCUCAUCUAUACUUACUCAGGCCUCUUCUGCGUUGUCAUAAACCCCUACAAGAACUUCCCUAUCUACUCUGAAGAGAUUGUGGACAUGUACAAAGGCAAAAAGAGACAUGAGAUGCCCCCUCACAUCUAUGCGAUUACCGAUACCGCUUACAGGAGUAUGAUGCAAGAUCGAGAGGAUCAGUCCAUUCUCUGCACAGGUGAAUCCGGAGCUGGUAAGACAGAAAACACCAAGAAGGUCAUCCAGUAUCUGGCUCAUGUUGCUUCAUCACACAAGAGCAAAAAGGAUCAAGGGGAACUUGAGAGGCAGCUGCUUCAGGCCAACCCGAUCCUGGAGGCCUUUGGAAAUGCCAAAACAGUUAAGAAUGACAACUCAUCAAGAUUUGGAAAAUUCAUUAGAAUCAACUUUGAUGUUAAUGGCCACAUUGUUGGAGCUAAUAUUGAGACCUAUCUGUUAGAGAAAUCACGAGCAAUACGUCAGGCCAAAGAAGAGAGGACAUUUCACAUCUUCUACUACUUGCUGAGUGGAGCCGGGGAGCAUCUGAAGAAUGACUUGCUAUUGGAGGGUUACAACAAAUAUCGCUUCCUUUCCAAUGGACAUGUUACAAUCCCAGGCCAGCAGGACAAGGACAUGUUUCAGGAGACCAUGGAGGCAAUGAGGAUCAUGGGCAUUCCAGAUGAUGAACAGAUAGGUCUGCUAAAGGUGAUCUCAGGUGUUCUUCAGCUUGGCAAUAUUGCCUUCAAAAAGGAACGCAACACAGACCAAGCUUCUAUGCCAGACAACACAGCUGCUCAGAAGGUUUCUCACCUUCUGGGUAUCAACGUGACAGAUUUCACCAGAGGAAUUCUCACCCCUCGCAUCAAAGUGGGACGAGACUAUGUCCAAAAGGCUCAGACUAAAGAGCAGGCUGACUUUGCCAUUGAAGCUCUGGCUAAAGCCACUUAUGAACGCAUGUUCCGUUGGCUGGUGAUGCGCAUCAACAAGGCACUGGAUAAAACAAAGAGACAAGGAGCAUCUUUCAUAGGAAUCCUCGAUAUUGCUGGCUUUGAAAUCUUUGAGCUGAACUCCUUUGAACAGCUAUGCAUUAACUACACAAACGAGAAGCUGCAGCAGCUCUUCAACCACACCAUGUUCAUUCUGGAGCAAGAAGAAUAUCAGCGCGAGGGCAUAGAGUGGAACUUCAUUGACUUUGGCCUGGAUCUGCAACCCUGCAUCGAUCUGAUAGAAAAACCAGCUGGUCCCCCAGGCAUACUGGCCCUUCUGGAUGAAGAAUGCUGGUUCCCAAAGGCUACCGAUAAAAGCUUUGUGGAAAAGGUGGUGCAGGAGCAAGGCACUCACCCUAAAUUCCAGAAGCCCAAACAGCUGAAAGACAAAGCUGACUUCUGUAUUAUACACUAUGCUGGCAAGGUUGAUUACAAAGCAGAUGAAUGGCUGAUGAAGAACAUGGAUCCUCUCAAUGAUAACAUUGCGACCCUGCUGCACCAGUCCUCUGAUAAGUUUGUGUCUGAACUGUGGAAAGAUGUUGAUCGCAUAGUUGGGCUGGAUCAGGUGGCCGGCAUGUCGGAUACUGCAUUGCCUGGAGCCUUUAAGACCAGGAAGGGAAUGUUCAGAACAGUGGGACAGCUGUACAAAGAACAACUGGCCAAGUUGAUGGCAACUCUAAGGAACACCAACCCCAAUUUUGUCCGUUGCAUCAUACCAAACCAUGAAAAGAAGGCUGGGAAAUUAGAUGCACACCUUGUCUUGGAUCAGCUCCGUUGCAAUGGAGUGUUGGAGGGAAUCCGUAUCUGCAGGCAAGGCUUUCCCAACAGAGUUGUCUUCCAGGAGUUCAGACAAAGAUAUGAGAUCCUGACGCCCAAUUCUAUUCCCAAAGGGUUCAUGGAUGGCAAGCAAGCCUGUGUGCUGAUGAUCAAAGCUUUGGAGCUGGAUCCAAAUCUCUACCGAAUUGGACAGAGCAAAGUUUUUUUCCGAGCAGGAGUCCUUGCUCAUCUUGAAGAAGAAAGAGACUUGAAAAUAACAGAUGUCAUCAUUGGGUUCCAAGCAUGCUGUAGAGGCUACUUGGCUAGAAAGGCUUUUGCCAAACGCCAACAGCAACUAACUGCAAUGAAAGUACUCCAGAGGAAUUGUGCUGCCUACCUGAAGCUUCGCAACUGGCAGUGGUGGAGACUGUUUACCAAGGUGAAGCCUUUGCUGCAGGUGAGCAGGCAAGAGGAGGAGAUGCUGGCCAAGGAAGAAGAGCUGAUGAAGGUCAAGGAAAAGCAGUUGGCUACUGAAAACAGACUGACUGAAAUGGAAACUCUCCAGACGCAGUUGGUGACAGAGAAGAUGCAGCUGCAAGAGCAGUUACAAGCAGAGAUAGAACUCUGUGCUGAGGCUGAGGAGAUCCGAGCCCGUUUGACAGCAAAGAAGCAGGAGCUUGAGGAGAUCUGUCAUGAUUUGGAGUCCAGAGUGGAGGAAGAGGAGGAACGCUGUCAGCAUCUACAGACUGAGAAAAAGAAAAUGCAGCAGAACAUUCAGGAGCUUGAAGAGCAGUUGGAGGAAGAAGAAAGUGCCAGACAAAAGCUGCAGCUGGAGAAAGUGACCACUGAAGCAAAACUGAAGAAGCUGGAGGAAGAUCUGAUGGUGUUUGAAGACCAGAACUGCAAACUGGCCAAGGAGAAGAAACUACUAGAAGACAGGAUUGCAGAAUUCACCACCAAUUUAACUGAAGAGGAAGAGAAGUCAAAGAGUUUAGCUAAACUCAAGAACAAGCACGAGGCCAUGAUAACAGAGUUGGAAGAACGAUUACGUCGGGAAGAAAAGCAGCGGCAAGAGUUGGAGAAGACUCGCAGGAAGCUCGAAGGGGACUCUACAGAUCUGCAUGACCAAAUUGCUGAACUUCAGGCUCAAAUAGCGGAACUCAAAAUGCAGCUGGCCAAGAAGGAGGAGGAGCUGCAAGCCGCUUUGGCUAGGGUGGAAGAGGAGGCUGCUCAAAAGAACAUGGCUCUGAAGAAAAUCCGUGAACUGGAGUCUCAGAUAACAGAGUUACAGGAGGACCUGGAGUCUGAGAGGGGAGCCAGAAACAAAGCAGAGAAACAAAAGAGGGAUCUGGGCGAGGAGCUUGAGGCCCUUAAGACAGAGCUGGAGGACACACUAGACUCAACUGCAGCACAGCAGGAGCUCAGAUCAAAACGUGAGCAAGAAGUGACUCUUCUGAAGAAGACUCUGGAUGACGAGGCCAAAACCCACGAGGCACAGUUCCAAGAGAUGAGGCAGAAACAUGCCCAGGCUGUGGAGGAGCUGGCAGAGCAAUUGGAGCAGACCAAACGGGUGAAAGUGAACCUUGAGAAGGCAAAGCAGGCUCUGGAGGGUGAACGCGCUGAGCUGUCGAAUGAGGUGAAGGUCCUUCUGCAGGCCAAAGGAGACUCUGAGCACAAAAGGAAGAGGACUGAAACGCAGCUCCAAGAGCUGCAAGUGAAAUUUGCAGAGGGCGAGAGAGUUCGGACUGAGCUGGCUGAGAGAGUUAACAAGCUGCAGGUUGAGUUGGAUAAUGUCAGUGGUCUUCUGAAUCAGUCAGACAGCAAGUCUAUUAAACUAGCCAAAGAUUUCUCUACACUGGAGUCACAGCUGCAGGACACACAGGAAUUGCUUCAGGAGGAGACACGUCAGAAGCUGAGCCUCGGCACCAAGCUGAAACAAAUGGAAGAUGAGAAGAACAGCUUCAAAGAGCAACUAGAGGAAGAAGAGGAGGCAAAGAGGAACUUGGGAAAACAAAUUUCUGCUCUUCAGCUUCAGAUUGCAGAAACAAAGAAAAAAAUGGAUGAAGGCCUUGGUUGUCUGGAGUCAGUGGAGGAAGCAAAGAAGAAGCUACAAAAAGACUUGGAGGCAAUGAGUCAGCGUUAUGAGGAAAAGGCAGCUGCCUAUGACAAGCUGGAAAAGACAAAGACCAGGCUUCAGCAAGAGCUGGAUGAUAUUGCUGUGGAUUUGGAUCAUCAGCGGCAGAUAGUCUCCAACCUGGAGAAAAAACAGAAGAAGUUUGAUCAGCUGCUGGCAGAAGAGAAAACUAUCUCUGCAAAAUAUGCUGAAGAGCGGGAUCGUGCUGAAGCAGAAGCACGCGAGAAGGAAACAAAAGCACUCUCGUUGGCCAGAGCUCUUGAGGAAGCCAUAGAACAAAAGGCAGAGCUAGAACGGCUCAAUAAGCAGUUCCGAACAGAAAUGGAGGAUCUGAUGAGUUCAAAGGAUGAUGUUGGCAAGAGUGUCCAUGAACUGGAGAAGUCUAAGCGAGCUCUGGAGCAGCAGGUGGAAGAGAUGAAGACUCAGCUGGAAGAGCUCGAGGAUGAGCUGCAAGCCACAGAAGAUGCCAAGCUGCGUCUGGAAGUGAACCAGCAAGCCAUGAAAGCACAGUUUGAGCGAGAUCUCCAAGCCCGUGAUGAGCAGAAUGAAGAAAAGAGAAAGCAGCUGACGAGACAGGUGCGAGAGAUGGAAGUGGAGCUGGAAGAUGAGAGGAAGCAGCGCUCCAUUGCUGUGGCUGCAAGAAAGAAGCUGGAAAUGGACCUGAAGGAUCUGGAGGCCCAGAUAGACUCGGCUAACAAGAAUCGUGAUGAAGCCAUCAAACAACUCCGGAAGUUGCAGGCCCAAAUAAAGGAUUACAUGCGGGAGCUGGAGGACACCCGUGCUUCCAGAGAAGACAUUUUGGCACAGGCCAAAGAGAAUGAAAAGAAGUUGAAGAGCAUGGAAGCAGAAAUGAUUCAAAUGCAAGAGGAACUUGCGGCUGCUGAGCGUGCCAAGCGCCAAGCUCAGCAAGAGAGGGAUGAGCUUGCUGACGAGAUUGCCAACAGCAGUGGCAAAGGAGCUCUGGCCUUGGAGGAGAAGCGGCGCUUGGAGGCUCGGAUAGCUCAGCUGGAGGAAGAAUUGGAGGAAGAGCAGAGCAAUACGGAGUUGGCGAAUGACAGGUUCAAGAAAGCAAACCUGCAGAUUGACCAGAUAAACACAGACUUAAAUGCAGAGCGUAGUAAUGCCCAGAAGAAUGAAAAUGCGCGCCAGCAAUUUGAGCGUCAGAACAAGGAACUUAAGGCCAAGCUGCAGGAAAUGGAGAGUGCUGUGAAAUCUAAAUACAAGUCUUCUAUCACUGCUCUGGAGGCAAAGAUAGCACAACUGGAAGAACAGCUGGACUCUGAGACAAAGGAGCGCCAGGCUGCCAGCAAGCUGGUGAGACGUACAGAGAAGAAACUGAAGGAUGUUGUCCUACAGGUGGAGGAUGAGAGACGUAAUGCUGAGCAGUAUAAAGAUCAGGCAGAUAAGGUGAAUGUACGCUUAAAGCAACUUAAACGCCAGCUGGAGGAAGCAGAAGAGGAGGCACAGCGAGCCAAUGCAGCCCGUAGAAAGCUGCAACGGGAGCUGGAGGAUGUCACUGAAACUGCCGAUGCUAUGAACCGAGAGGUCAGCUCCCUGAAGAGCAAACUCAGGCGGGGGGAUAUGCCAUUUGUUAUAACACGCCGGAUUGUCAGGAAGGGUGCAGGUGAAGUAUCCGAUGAGGAAGUGGAUGGCAAGGCAGAUGGUGGUGAUGCCAAAGCUACUGAAUAGAGCUGCUGCUUGGACCCAGGUUAUACAUGAUGGAGUGACCCACCCUCCCCUUUAUCCAGUGGACUUCUGCAAACCCUUCCAAAACCUGCUUGGGAUAGUGGAGCACACCCAUCCAUGUUCCCUGGAAUAUUUGGAGCCAUCGGACAUUAGUGUCAUCCCUCCCAGCUUCCAAACUCUUUUGUAUUGAAUGCCAAAGAGUCACGACUCUGCAGUCCGAUCAGAGUCCGGGAGCUACAAAAUCCUGUAGCGUUCAUUGUCCUUGCCAUGGCUGCUGAUGAAUUUUCAUAGUUUGGAGGGAGGUGGGGGUGGGAAGCGACUUCUUUUCUUGCUGUAAAUCAACUAUUUUCUUCCAAUAACAAGUUUGUGAUAGAUGCAGGGAGCAUUCUUCACCCCCUUCCCCUUGUUUGCUUUGGCAAUCAUGUUCAGUGACCUCACACUUUUGACCUCUUCAAUCUGCCCAGUUCGUGAGUAAUGUUGGACAGCUUUCCCAACAUGACUCCCAAAUACCCGUAGUCUUGGGGAUGGAUGAAGGGAGAAGAAGCUCCUUCAGAAGACUUGCUAAAUUGAUCUUUCUUCGCGACUUGUCUGGACAGAUCUGAAGUGCAAUGGUGUCUGUUUUAGAGUCUCUGGCUUUGUGUCUCAUAGUGUGGACCAGUAGUUAGUGACAGGCCAGGGGAAAAAAAAGUCCUCUUGUGCACAUGUUGGAGAAUCACUUUGGGACCAAAUAUAUUUAAUGGUAACAGAUCUAGUAAAUUGGAAUGGAAUGUGGGCAAGGAACUCCUUUAUUGUCAUGUCCAGACCUCUAGCUCUGUGAUCAGGGUAUGGGUUUAGUUAUUCUGCACAGUGACUAAGAGUAUAUUAAAGGAAGAAAAAAAACUUUUAAUCUGCACAGAUUAUAUGUUGAAGGCCUUGGUAUUUCUCGUUUAUAAGUAAUUAAGAAACAUAAAGGCCUUUAUCACUGCCUUUCUAUGGGGUCUGCGGUUAUAUAGAUAGUCUUUACUUUUCUACACCCGUACACUGGUUGCUGGAUUUACCUGUAUACUUAACCAUAUUGUAUAUGCUGCAUUUAGACUUCUGAGCAAAUGACAAAUUAAAAUAUGAAAUUGUAUACUGUAUGGUUAGCGCUCUCACCGCGGGAGCCUCUUGUCCCAGUUGCUGUCACAGAAACAAAUUUUUGCAAACUUUUUUUAUAUAAUAAGUGCCUUAGCAUGUGCCUCAGCUGUGUCUCCACUACAGUCAGUAAUGGAUUACCGGUGCUCCUCUAACAAUAAAGAUUAUCUGUGUGCUGCA